AUGGGCUGUGGGGCCUCCAAGGUUCAGCAGCAGGCCGGAAAACGCGGCGCCCCCCGCUCCCCCACGCCCCUCCACGGCCCUCCACGCACCCCAGGCUCCAGAGACGGCUGCAGCAGCCAGACAGCCGAGCUCGUGCCGGGCGGCGCUGCAGAGGCGGAGGGGCCGCCGCCGCGGCCGCGGCCGCCGCCGCAGCCGCCGCCGCCGCGCGCGGCCGCGCUCCCGCCCCUGCACGAUGCCUCGCCUCCCCCGGAGGCCCCCUACGGCGUCUCGCCCCAGGAUCUGUGCAGCGGCAACGGGGAGCGUGAACGGUUGACCGCGCUGCGCGCGCUGCAGGUGGCGCGGCAGCCCUCGGGGCCGCGCUUCGGCGCGGUCACCGGCCUGCUGAGGGCCGCCUUCCAGCUGCCCAUCGCCAACGUGUAUUUGCUGGAGGAGGAGGAGGUGCUGGAGGUGCCAGACGGGCCCGGAGGCGCGCAGUGGGCGACGUACCCGCGGUGCGAGUCUGCCUGCAAGUGGGUGACCGAGCCGGUGCAGCACGAGAUGCUGGUGGUGGAGGACAUGGUGGAGGAUGCCAGGGACUCGCCCCGCAGGUUCUGGGACAGCUGCUGGGUGCGCGGCCCGCCGCACAUGCGCUUCUACGCGUCCGCCCCGCUUGUAUCGACUGACCGAGGGCUGCGCUACGGCACGCUGUGCCUGAUCGACUUCCGCCCGCGCAGCUUCCCUGCGGAGCAGUACCAGCUGCUGGUCCACCUGGCGGAGGCGGUGGUACGGGAGCUGGAGGGCGCCAGCCUGCUCCGCUUCCGGCAGAUGGCGCUGGAGGAGACGCGCUGCGAGGGCAUCCUGGUGUGCGACGUGGAGGCGGAGGGCUGGCCCAUUCGGUAUGCCAACAGGGCGGCUGCUGAGGUGGCGGGGAUGGAGCAGGAGGUGCUCACCGGCUCCUCCUUCUGGCAGCUGUUUGGCGUAGCGCCCGCGCCGGGCUGGGCAUCGGCAGCUGGCAGUGGAGAAGGGGCAGGAGGGGGACGAGGUAGCCUCCGCAGCCGGGCCGAGGUGCAGCAGGCAGUGGAGAAGGGGCAGAGCUGCACGGUGACCUGCCGGCUGCGAGGCGGUGGCUGCGACAGCAGCGGCCCCGGCAGCGGCGGCGGGGCCGUCGCCAGCGGCGGCGGCUUCCCGAGCCACUGGCCGAUCCACGGCGGCGGCCAGGAGGGCUGCGGGUGCGGCAGCGGCGAACUGGAAGGCGUGCUGACCGGGCGUGCCAGCCUGGACACCCUGCUGCACGGCACCCGCUCCCAGCCCUCCUCAGGCACUCACCUGCGCAGCGCCGCCUCCUCCCCCCUGGCCGGCAGCAGCCAGCGUGGCCUGGCACAGCCAGAGCUCACAGUCGCCUUCACCCCCGCCACGGCGCCAACUUUCCUCCCAGACCAGCCGCCGAUCGGGAUACCCGCCCUGGCAUCGGCCAGGUCCGGCGCCGACGUCGCCUGCUGGGAGGGAGAAGGGGCAGCCCACGCUGGCAGCGGCGGAGAGGAGGAAUCGUCGCGCAGCGCCGCCGCCGCCGGCCGGUGGUGGUUUGCCACGCUCACGCGCCGCCCGCUGCAGGCGUCGGGCUCGGGCGGCAGCGGCGGCGCCGUGGGUGCGGCGGCAGCUUCCGCGGCAGCUGCCAGAGUUGAGUACCUGCGCCCCCGCCAGCUCAAGGACGUGCAGCUGGGCCCGCUGCUGGGGGUGGGCGCCAGCGGCAGGACGUACCGCGGCCAGUGGUACGGCGGUACCGUCGCCGUCAAGAUCAUCGACGUGUGGGAGGAGGAGGGGGAGGGGCACGGCAGCGUGGGCAGCGCCGGCACGCACGGCGGGGCCGCCCCCGUGCUGGAGGCUCUCCUGUCGCGGGCGCUGUCCCACCCACACAUCUCUCUAUGCAGCAUGGGCACGCUGGCGCGCGCCGUGGAUGCCGGCAGGUUUCGGGACCCGGCCUCAGGAGGGCCCCACCUGGCCUUCAUCCUGCGCACGAUGGCUGAGGUGGCGGGCGCGCUGGCCUUCCUGCACAGCGUGCACGUCGUGCACGCCGAUCUCACGGGAAACAACAUCCUCCUCUCCCCCUCCGACCUGGAUGGGCGGGGCUUCACGGCGCAGGUGGCCGACUUUGGGCUGUCCCGCCCUACCUCCUCCCCGCUGUCCACUGUGCCGCGCCCCACGUUUGGCACAGGCACGCGCUGCUGGCGCUGA